CUCCAUUUAACAAUCUUGUUCUGCACAAGCCUUAGAGAUCAAUCACUUGCUAAGAUCACACUUCCAAUUAAAAAAAAUCAAACUAGAAAUCAUGGGUAUCCGAUUGCCAGGGAUUCCUCAAGCGAAACUAGUUUUCAGAGGAGCUCUUUCUGCUCCAAUGGCACAGGAUGUACCCAAAGGCCACCUUGCUGUUUAUGUUGGAGAAACUGAGAAGAAGCGAUAUGUUGUUCCAAUUUCAUAUUUGAAGCAUCCUUCAUUCCAGAGCUUGCUGAGAUGGGCUGAAGAAGAAUUUGGGUAUGAUCAUCCAAUGGGUGGUUUUACAAUCCCAUGUAAAGAAGAGACCUUCAUUGAUAUCACUUGCAGUUUGAAUUGCUCAUGAGCAAGAAACAAAUAAAGACUCUUAACAUCAUUGACUCAGACUUUCUUUUUUUUUGGAUUCACACCAUCAUGAAUUAGAAUAGUAGGAAUGUUUCUUGUGAAAUCAAUGUGAAUAUGCUUUCAGUUGAGAAGUGAAUUGGGAGUUGAAUCUUCAUGGUAAUUAAAUAGUUUCACUAUUCUUUUUUAGUUUAAUCUUCAGUUCCGGAAAUUUAUCUAUUUGAUAUGAAUGGUCUGAUUGCAUUGAA